UAGCCAGAUUCUAUUGUUGUUGUUUUUCGUAUUCCUUGGCAAAUGUGAUAAGUAACUAAUAGCUUAAUGCGAGUAAUACUAAUUAUCAUGAUCUGACACUGACGAUGUUCUAUUUUGAAUGCCUUUAAAAUGGAGACGACGACGACUUCGGGUCACCUUCAUCAGUGUUUACAUUUACCACCUGGUUUGACUUCACAAACUCUGGCUGUUCUCAUAAUUAAGGUACUCCACUGUCGAGAAAUGGUUUGCAAGCAAACCAGAAGCCAGGAAAUUCUUCGGCAAGCAUGUAAAAUUUUGCUCAGUGAAGAUGAUUCCGAGUUAUUUCCUGAAAAAGCAACUCUUGAUGUUUCCUCACAGACUGUAUGUGAAACCUUGCCAGAUGAAAGUUCAACCCACUCUAAAGAGAGUUGUAAUGUACACAGUGUUUCAACUCAGACAUUUUCAUCAUGUAUUUCUAAGAAAUCUCAGACUAAUGAUUUUCCUGUAACUAAAACUUACCUUACAAGUUCUAGUCCCAGUGGGUAUGAGAAGUUGGCAGUUGAAGCUCAUUCCACAUCUCAAACUUAUCACAAAGCAUUUAUGAAAGACAGAAGUCAUCCUUCAGAUCAAACACAAGAGGUCGGUGUACAGGUAAAAUCAGUGCGGUUUCUUAAGUCUCUAGUUAAUUCACUACUAACAGCAAUACCUCUUGAUGAACAAAUGUCACCUAGUCUGGGGCCUCCAAAGAGGAGGAGAACAAAAAGUGAAGAUGUCCAAAUAAUGAGUAUAGAAAAUGUUUUGUUGUCAAAUAAUAUACAAAAACUAGAACUGGAUGGUGAAUUUGAUAAAAGCAGAGUUUCCAGUUUGACCUCAAAACACGAGCAUGAUGUAACAAACAAUGAAACUGAAACCUCAGCAAGCACGGCUAUUAAACACGAAAAGGACCAUUGUGUCAAGACAAGGAACAGUCCUCCAUCAAGUACUAGCUCCGAUGAUGACCGCAAGUUAAAGAAAAAAUCAGUUAAGUUGUUUCAUGGACGUCCAUUAAUCAAAGGAAACCAUGAGCCAAUAAUAAUUCCUCUGAACAGAUCACAGUCUCCUCCUUUUCCGGAGGAUCCUCGUUCAACCAGAGAUACAAUAUCUUCUAACAGUGUAGAACCUCAAGGAAGUCAUUCCAAAACCAAGAGCCCAUGUUUACUGACAUGUGUUGAACCUCAGAAACGAUUUCCAGAAGCUGAGACCUCUGGAGUUUCACCACCAAAGAAGUUCAGGAUAUUUUCACAGAUUGCAGUGGAACCAAACAAGGAUAAUGAAACUGUUUGAUGAGCAUAAUUUGAGUGUCAUUUGCUCAUAGUUUCAAGGAUUUUAUUGAAAUGUUUUUAGUUGUUUAGUUUAGACAUGUGUGUUUAGGUUUUCAUAUUUUCCAUUCUUGUUAAAUGUUCAAGGUUGUCAAUAGUCCGUAUUUUCCAGUCAUGUUCUCAUCAGAUACGAUUAAUUUUUUAAAUAUCAAUACGUCAUUAAUGUAAAGUCAUCUGUGGUUUUUGGGGAAGGCUUUAAACAAAGAAUCCGUGGAAAUGUGACAUUAUAUUAGUAGAUACAAAAUAGGACAAUUUCAGUUUACCCUCCUGGACCACAAUAAUUAAUGUUGUACUUCCAUGAGUCUUUUUUUUAAUUUACUGUUUGCUACAUUUUUGAGCUGUGCGACUACAAAAUUUUUUUUAAGUUUCGUUCUUUUCACAACUUGAAAGAUAUAAUAAUAACAAUACUUUUUUUCUGCGGAACAGUCAGCAUUGUGAUAUGUUGAGCUAGCUUUAUGUGAAUUUAAACCUCAUCAGUAACACUCAUUAAUCAAAGGAAAUGGUAUUUUACACUGAAGAUAAAUGUUGCCUCUGUGUAAUGAAAUGCUUGACUUGAAGGUGAUAUCCCAUCAGGAGUGUAUAUUUCAUGAAAUACUUAUGUAUUACUCAAAACUGAUGGUGUAUUUUAUCAUUUUUUACUAUAUGAAAACUAUGUAUGGUACAUAUGGAAUAUUUUGGUGGACAUGCACCAACUAUCUGUUUGUUGUAUGUGUAACAUAAUAGCCAAGCUGUGAUGAAUUCACGCUGAUGCACAAACAAGUGGCCAACCAAACUAGUCUUUUUACUCUCAACAUAACAAAAGUACAUUUAACUUAUGAUGUUAACCUCACUCAUACAAUUAUCUGUUAAAUGUGAUUGAAGUGUAUGUUAACAUUGUAAUUUCUGAAAGAGAAUUUGAGUCCUUAGAAUAGUAUCGUCAGCUGUGUUAACCAUAUCACAUCUGUGCUGACACACUGUAUUUUAUUGUAUCCUUGUGCCCUUAUGCAUUCAUUUUUUUAUAAUGUUACAAUAAAUAUGUUCUGUUAAUCUUUAACUGGAACAACACCGAUGUUUAAAUACUGAUGUUAGUUAUUUAUCAUCUUAUUCCUUAGUGUUUUAGCUAUUGAAUUUGUAAUUAGUUACUUUCAGGCAGAUAUUGAGACACAAAUCUUGGACUUAAACAUUUUAAAACAAAGGCAUGGCAACUGAAAAGUGUUUAAUACCCUUAUUUUAAUGGUGUUUAGUUAAAUAUUUUAAAUUACCGGUCAAGUAGUUUUCUUUCAAUUCCGUUUUGACCAAAAGUUUUGGCUGUAAAACUAAUGAUCUGCACACUCGAAUUUGGAAGAGUUAACAUUAUUAAGAAAUAUAUACUACAGAUCCUUUUACCUAUUAAAACGAUUUUUGAACAUGAAUCUGCAGGAGAGUAACCUGUCAUUUACAGUUGAAAUUAGGUUUAAGAGGCCUCCUGUCUAGUCAUAUACAACAUGUACCUUUAGUUGAGCCAUUCAGAAAUCGUUCGUGACUGUUUGACAUUUUAAUUUGUGAGAUGAA